AUGCUUACUGCAACUUGCUCGUCCUUUGCCGGACUCGCCACAGUCCGUUUCCUCCUUGGCGUCUUCGAAGCCACUAUUUCUCCUGGUUUCGUCGCAAUCACAGGCAUCUGGUGGACAAGACAAGAACAAGCCUCCCGAUCGGCAAUCUGGAUCUCGUUCCUUGGAUUUUUCGGCACAAUUGGUGGACUCAUCACUUUCGGAAUUGGACAUAUUGAAGGUUCGCUUGCUACAUGGAAGCUCAUUUACUUGAUCCUCGGUGCUUUUACUGUGAUCUGGGGAGUGCUGUUCAUCAUUGUGGUCCCGGAUAAUCCAGUGAGCGCGAGGUGGUUGAGCGAGGAUGAGCGAGUUGUUGCAAUCCAACGAGUAGUUGAGAACAAAACCGGGACAAAGAGCAAGACUUUCGUGAAAGAGCAAGUUCUAGAAGCGCUUUUGGAUCCGAAGAUUUUACUUCUAGCAUUGAUCUCGUUCGUUAACGCCGUUGCGUCAGGAGGAUUGAGCUUUGGGUCCAUCAUCAUCAAGGGCUUUGGGUUUACAAGCUUGCAGACAACGCUGAUGAACAUGCCGCUCUCAUUUCUGCAGGCGGUGUUCACAUUGCUAGGCGGGUAUGUCCAGACGAAGGUUCCAAAUGCCCGACUCAUUGUGGGUUCGGUAGCCAUGAUUCCUCCCAUCAUUGGAACCAUUUUGAUUAAUCAACUCGACUCAACUAACAAAUGGGGAAGACUCGUUGGUGUUUGGUUGCUAGCCGGAUAUCCUACUGGGUUUAUGGUAUUAUUGGGCUUGCUAGCUACGAACGUAGCAGGAAGCACGAAGAAGAGCAUGGCAAGUGCGAUGGUAUUUGUAAUGUACUGCGUCGGACAGAUUGUUGGACCUCAAUGUUUCAAGGCUGCCCAGGCUCCUUCGUAUCAUGGUGGAAUUGUUGCAAUGUUGGUGGGAUUUAUCCUGAACAUUGUCUUCAACCUAGCUUUGCGAUCCUUGUAUCAGCUCGAGAAUAAUAAACGUGAUCGAGCGCUCGAGGGUAAGAGUGAAGAAGAGGUUGAGGCACUCAGGGAGGAAAGUCGAAUCCAAGGGUUUGAAAAUGUGACAGACAAACAAAAUGUGAGUCGUCUCCACUUCAAUCUAGAACUUGAUCUAAUGUAG